UUACCGUGCCCAGGUUCUACUGGCAAUUUAUGAUAAUAGGAGUGUUAGACAUCUUCAGCUGCAUAAGCCCCAAUAAUGUGGCCGCCAAAGCUCAAGCAGUUUAGUUCUGCUUUUGAUUGUUUCUUAACCCCCUGGUUUACUGCCCUUGAAUUUCAGGUCAAAGACAUGGCUACUGUGAAAAUGGAUCAAGAACUGGCCAAAAAGCUGUUCUUUGAAGGAGGCACUCUUGUCAUAAUUGGUGUUCCUGAGGGCACUGAAUUUGGCAUUGAUUAUAACUGUUGGCAAGUGGGCCCAAAAUUUAAAGGGGUGAAGAUGAUCCCACCAGGAAUCCACUUCAUGCAUUGCAGUGCUGUGAAUAGCAGAGAUGCUCGAUUAACAGGACCGCGCACGGGUUGUUUCUUCCACAUAAAGCAGCGGGACGUUCUUGUGAAGCGAUGGGACAAGAAGGAAGAAGAAAUAGUUCUGGUUGAGGUCUCCGAAGAAGAGCGGGAACGGAUAAGAGAGAAUCUGACUGAACUGGACAAAUGUUUGGGGCCAUAUCCAUAUGAAACAAUGAAAAGAUGGGUCUCUUUGACCAAUCUGAUUACAGAUCCUUUGAUUCAGAGGCUGCAGCCUGAAAGUGGGAAAAUCUGUGCCUUUUCUGAAGUGCAGCCAGAGCUUGCAAUGCCACAUACUAAGGAUCGAGCAGAACAGAAUCUGUUGCCUUAUGACACAUUAUGCAAGAGCUAUGAGGAGGGUUUGGCCAGGCUGCCCAAGAUGAAGGUUAAGGCUGGUACAGAGAUCAGGUUCACAACGAUCCCACAACAGAAAUAUCCAGACGGGGCAUCUCCAGCUGAAAUUACAAAGUGUAGCAUGGACUUUAGCUAUGCUCUGGAUACUGUAAUAAACCAGCGGUACCCUUCGAACCCAAAAGACAUAUUAGGUGAGUUGCAGUUUUCUUUUGUCUGUUUCCUAAUUGGAAAUGUCUAUGAUGCAUUUGAGCACUGGAAAGAUCUCCUUCGUCUACUCUGUCACUCUGAGGAGGCUGUGACAAAACGAAAGGACCUCUAUUCUGCACUCAUCUCGAUCCUCUAUCAUCAACUUAAUGAAAUUCCUCCUGACUUCUUUGUGGAUAUUGUCUCCAAGGAUAAUUUCCUAACUACAACAUUGCAGGAGUUCUUCUCUUAUACGUGCGGCCCAGAUGUGGACAAAGCUCUGCAGAAGCGGGUGGAAAAAUUUAAAGCUCAUUUAACCAAAAAGUUCAAGUGGGAUUUUGAUGAGGAACCUGAUGAUUGUGCCCCUGUGAUGGUUGAGUUACCUGAUGGAGUGACACUGGACUGAUUUAAUAAAUUAAGAAAACUGGCUAAUCCAUGAGUUUGUAAAACCUUUUUAGCCAUUUGGUAAAUGUCUUGCUUUUGUGUGUAACAACUUUAAAAAAAGUGCAUAACAAAAGCAACAAACUUGCUUAUGUUACUGUAAAAUAUUUACACUUCUAUAUUGACAUUAUAAACGUAAUGUGUUGAAUUGUUAUAUUUUGAUGGGCAUUGUUUUUCUAACAAUAGUUUAGGAUCAAUAGAUAUGUUUAAUCUUUAGUAUUCUGUUUAUUUUAAAAUGGUGUCCUUACUGAUCAAAUUAAGUAUAAUGUCCAAAAACUAUAGGUUAUGUUUUGUUAAGCAUCCUACCUUAAUCAGUUCCUUUACUCCAUUUUACCUACAAGAAUAUCACAUUUGGAACAGUUCAUCGAGUUGAUUUUUUUUUAAUUGUAGAUUCAAAUUUAUAAAUGAACAGUAAAAUUACAUUUUUUGGUUAAAUCAAUGGAAUCUGCAACUGUUUUUUUCCUCGGAAUUAUUUAAAAAGCUUGUACUAGGCAGGGCAAUUGUUGUACUAAGACCCUGCCUUAAAUGCUAAUUUGGUAAAUUGCCAUGGCAAUGAUUUUUGAAUAUGCUAGCAUUCAGUAAUUGGUGUAUACUGUAGAUAUGUUGUGACACACAUUACUGAGUAGAAUGUCCACAAGCUUCUUCAGACUGUCAAUUCUGACCACUUUAUUCAGUUGGGUUGCAGUUAGUGUGUUUUGUCUUGCCUUUCACAUUCGUCAUAUGCAUGUCUGUUGGUUCUAUUUCUGAUUCAGUUUCAUGUUGCUUGAUACAGUUGGUAGUUUGCAUUAGCCACAUUCCAUUUGCAAUGCUUUAACUAAAUUUAAAGUUUCUUCACCUCUUCAUCUUCAACUGUUCUCUAGUAUGGGCACUUGCACAAACUCAUUGAAGUCACUGGAGACUUCAACUUUCUUCUCAAAGUUGCAGAGAUGCAGGAGAGCAAAUGUGUCCCUGCUGUCAGUUGAAUUCAGAAUAAAGCAAAUUUGCUUUCAAGUA